AUGCCCGGUCCCCCUCCGCGUAACUCCAUCCUCGCUCGAAUUCGGUUUGUACGAUGGUUCAGAGGCAUGAAGACCGAAGAUGCGCUUGCUCACACCAUCACCGGACUCGAGAUCGCGAAGGACGCGGUGACGGUCGCCAACGGUGUUCCUUAUCUAGUAACGAUCAUCGGCGGGGUGCUGAGCAUCGCUAAGAGCGUCGAGGCUGUCAAUGGGACGAAAGACAACUUUGUUCAAGUUGCGAAGCGAGGGGGAGAGCUCGUGGAACAUGUUCGGAAGCAUAUUGGGGAGGACACGACUGCGAUAAGUGAGGAGCUUGAACAGAGUCUAAAGCAGCUGGAAGCCACCGUUGCGUCUAUCAAGGAGAAAGUCCGCACGGCGUUGGAACAUCACUUCUUUGUCAGAUACCUCCGAAGGGCGUCGAUGGACGCGAUUGCCACCGAAUGCGGGCGCCAGCUUGACGAUGCGUGGCGCUCUUUCGAUUCUGCAUGCACCAUCUCUACCAACAAGGGGGUUGUGAAGAUUGAUCUACGACUUCGAACAGACCCCAACCGCGAUCCAGAAACUAAGAUGCGGUUCUUGUAUUACGAUCAGGUGGUAUGGGGCCGCGUCCGCGGAACUUAUACGGUAGUGAACGUUUGCGAAGGCGAAGAGUGGGACGGAAAGUUAGACGGAAGAGACGUCAUCGUGCGCACCGUCGUCCGUCGCCCUUCUCAGCCAAAAUUCGAUUUCAACUCGCUGGCGCUCUACAAUGCGAACGUGGUCUCCAGCGCGGAUUGGCUCAGAUCCUGGGGCGAUCGCACCCGUCCCUGGACAGCGUCUUUUAUGUGGAAGAAGCUCGCGUUCGCUUUUGCGGCCGCCUCAAAAGACUUCUAUAUUCAUAGCCUCGUCAAAGGGAGAGCACACACCCAUAAGCAAUGUUUACCAACCGCGGGUCUCAAUGAUUUCGGUCGUCUCAUCAUCCAUGCUCCCGAUAUCGUCAAUGCCAACUCUGAUUGCUUCCGGCGGUGUUUGAACCGGAGUUAUUGCGAAAUAAACCAAUUUGCCUACAAGACCGAUGGCGGCGGUUGGGGCAUCUCCUUCCCCACUGGCCCUGCCUCUGACUUGCUCGCGGGUCUCCGCGCAGGCGCAAACGUCGCUUCAUAUGUUGACGCAUUCAUUCAGUCCCAGCUCGCAUGUUUCUGGUCACUUGCGGUACUUCCCGCAACGCUCGAUGCGCGUGUCGGGGAGUACGGCCAACUCACCGAACCCUCACCUGGAACCAACGAGGCGAGGAGGUUCAUAUCGUUGGGCCACAUCAACGAGCUGUUAGGAAUGGAGGUUCCCGUGCUUACCAGGCGUUGCUACGGGACGCGCGCGGGCACGCAUACCCCGUACGAGACGGUCUCGUGGCCGGACGCGGGAGACGGCGCGUUGAGUCAUGACUGCAGCGCGUUCGCGCAAGGGGAGGACGCGGCCCACAACACGGUAUACAUCCAGCGCAUCCUCGACGUCUCCGCAUGCCGCGCGUUCUUCUGGGACUAUGCGUCAUCGCUGCGCAACAGCACAAUGUUCCAAUCAACCAGCUUAUCAUCGAAUGGUGAACCACAGAAGCCGUGGGGGUUCUGGUCGCGCGAUCCGUCCCCGACCACCUCGGGCGUGCUCGUGCCGGACGUCGAAGUGGACGGGGUGACGCCCGAGGUCAUGCAACCACUCGAGUACUCAAUCCUCCGCCCGUUCGAGGGCUUGGUGGUCGCGGAGCUCAAUCGUGCCCGAGGGCUUGGUGAGGCCGACGACGCGGUGCGGUUCAGCGAUCCGAAAAAGCCAGUACCGGUAGAGCUCCAGGCUUCCCCAGCUUCACUAUCCCUGACUCAGCUCCACAUCAUGGACUCGAGAGGCACAUCCACCUCGGGCUCAGCGGACCCGCACCCACCAAGCUCGCUGGAGAUCCUCCCGCAUACUUUCCUCCUCCCCCGGUGCAAUGACAAAGAUGGCAGCAACUUCUCUCCAAUCGCCGAGCGCAAAGCCGCGUCUUCUCUCUCGAAUCUUGGUCUAUUAUACCGAGUCGGAACCGAUUGCAUGGGGACGCACUGA